AUGAUCGCCAAGGCGCUCGAUGGCGAGGCGCUGCCUAUCUACGGCAAGGGCGACCAAGUCCGCGACUGGCUCUAUGUCGAGGACCAUGUCCGCGCGCUGCAGGCGGUGUUCGAGCGCGGCGAGCCGGGUCGCACCUAUAAUGUCGGCGGGCAUAACGAGCGGCAGAAUAUCGAGGUGGUGAAGACGCUGUGCGCGAUCCUCGACGAACUGCGCCCGCGCGCCGACGGCAAGCCCUAUGCCGCGCAGAUGACCGAGGUCGCCGACCGUCCGGGCCAUGACAGCGCUAUGCGAUCGACGCCAGCCGCAUCGGCACCGAACUGGGCUGGACCCCGGCCGAGACGUUCGAGACCGGCAUUCGCAAGACGGCGUCCGAGCGGCGCGGCGUGGCGGCAUGACGGCGGAUACCCCCCCUGCGCGAUCCUCGUCACCGGCGCGGGUGGCCAGCUCGGCACCGAGCUGCAACGCUGCGCCCGCCGCAGGGCUGAGAUCGUCGCGAUCGACCAUGACACGCUCGACCUGCGCGAUACCACCGCCAUCGCGGCGAUGGUCGCUUCGCGUCCUUUCGCGGCAGUCAUCAACGGCGCGGCCUAUACCGCGGUCGACAAGGCCGAGAGCGAUGUCGUGACCGCCCGGGCGGUCAACGCCAUGGCUCCCGCCGCCUUUGGCGAAGCCUGUGCGAAGGCGGGUAUCCCGCUGGUCCAAGUCGACCGACUAUGUGUUCGCCGGCGACAAGCAAGGCGCGUGGAGGUGAACGAUCCGGUCACCCCGCUCGGCGUCUAUGGCGCAUCCAAGCUGGGCGGAGAGCUGGCGGUGCGUACCUCUGGCGCGCGCCAUGCCAUCGUUCGCACCGCGCCCGGUCGUGUCCGCGCAUGGCCACAACUUCAUCAAGACGAUGCUGCGCCCGGCGGAAAGCCGCGACACGCUGUCGGUAGUUGCCGACCAGCAUGGCUCGCCGACCAGCGCUGCCGACCGGCGAACGCCCUGAUGACCAUCGCGCUGCGGCUGAUCGAGGACGAGGCCGCGCCGACCGGGACCUUCCAUUUCAGCAAUGCCGGGGCCAUCAGCUGGGCCGAUUUCGCCACAGAGAUCUUCCGCCAGUCGGAUGCGCGCGGCGGUCCCUCCGCCGCGGUCGUGCCGAUCCCCAGCAGCGACUAUCCCACGCCUGCGGCCCGUCCCGCCAAUUCAUUGCUCAGCCACAGCGCGAUCCACGCCGCCUAUGACAUCGCUCCGCGCGACUGGCAGAUGGCCUUGAGCGACAUUCUCGACGAACUGAUCGGAGCCACGAAAUGA